GUGCCAGGCGAGCCGGAGGGGUGCUCGGCGCUCCCCCGCCCUCCUUCCGGGAGCGAGGAUGCAGACUCUGAAACUGGCGCUACUGGGCUGAGGAGGAGGCAGGGGAGUUGCAGCUCGCGCGGCUCGGUGAGUGUGUCUCCUGAGCGCGGAGAGGCGGGGGGAGGCGGAGGACGAGGAGGAGGAGGAGGGGGAGAAUGCCCGGAGCCGCCGCCGCUGCCGCCGCCGCCGCGAUGCUCCCGGCUCAGGAGGCUGCCAAGCUGUACCACACCAACUAUGUGCGGAACUCGCGGGCCAUCGGCGUGCUGUGGGCCAUCUUCACCAUCUGCUUUGCCAUCGUCAACGUGGUGUGCUUCAUCCAGCCCUACUGGAUCGGCGACGGCGUGGACACCCCGCAAGCUGGCUAUUUCGGGCUCUUCCACUACUGCAUCGGCAACGGCUUCUCCCGGGAGCUGACCUGCAGGGGCAGCUUCACGGACUUCUCCACGCUGCCCUCGGGCGCCUUCAAAGCCGCCUCGUUUUUCAUCGGCCUCUCCAUGAUGCUCAUCAUUGCCUGCAUCAUUUGCUUUACCCUCUUCUUCUUCUGCAACACGGCUACGGUGUACAAGAUCUGUGCCUGGAUGCAGCUCACCUCCGUAAUUCUGAAUCAUAAAUAUGGACUGGCAGAACCUAACAACAAGGAACCUGAUUUAGCUGCUUGCCUUGUGCUUGGCUGUAUGAUUUUCCCUGAUGGCUGGGAUUCAGAUGAAGUAAAACGGAUGUGUGGAGAAAAGACAGACAAGUACACUCUUGGGGCUUGUUCAGUCCGCUGGGCCUACAUCCUGGCCAUCAUUGGGAUUUUGGAUGCCCUCAUCCUCUCAUUUCUGGCAUUCGUGCUUGGUAACCGACAAGACAGCUUGAUGGCAGAGGAACUGAAGGCAGAAAACAAAGGUGAAUGCUGUGAGAAUUGCUGAAGCCCAAGAGAAAGAUACUGUGUCAACAGUGUAUGAAGAUGUGGCCAUUCAUGGGCAAGGAGGCAUUUUCCUGAGGUGUUUGUGAAAGAAGCAUCCAAAUUGUACUGCCCACCUCCUCUGACUUUCUCUUCACCUUCACCAGUCUCUCUCUCACAUUCUUGGGCAGGACUGCUUGCUCAUGGUAAUUGUGGUGAAAGUCAACAGCAGAACAAAAAUUAUAGCCAGAAUUACCCUGGAAAACUCCUUUAGGAAAGCACUGUGUCUCUAAAUCCAACACAUCCAACUUCUGCUGGUGUGGAAAGCAAUUGCUGCCUGUUGGUUGAAUGCCAUUCUUGUAUUUAUAGACUAUGCUUUAAAAAAUGUCUUUAAACUUCAAAAUAGCCAAUAGACCAAGAUGCUCCCAGCAUGAAAAGCACAGGGGAACUGAGAGGGGCAAAGUAAAGGCUGGAAUUCACAGCCCGUCACAUGCUCAUGACAGCUUCCCUUCCAGAACUACUCUGGAAGCCAGUAACCACCCUGUACCAUUUAAUUCUGCCUACCUCACCCCCAACUCCCUGUCUCUGUGUCUCCCUGUCUGUCUGUCUGUCUCUGUCUGUCUGUCUCUUUCUCUCUGUCACACACACACGUGUACAUUCUCACACCACAGCUGAGAAGCACAUGGUGUUCUUAGUGAAUACAUGGAGAGAACUUAGCACAGAUCUAAGAACAGAGGUCAGGGAAUAAGUGAAUUUUAAGGAUAGCGAACUCCCAGAGAAAAGAGGAUAGCCAAGGGGCUAUCUUUACAUGGAUUGGGUUUCUGGGGUUUCCCAUGUUCCCAGCCAGCCUUCAACUAUCUGCACAGGAAGCCACCGUGAAGGAAAUAAAAUUAAUAUAAAAACAUAGAUUCUGGCGUCCUGUCCCACUGCCCAGCCUACUAGAAGUAAAAAGCUUUGACUUUAUUUCAAGCAUCAAUUACUCUUUUCCCACUGUUUUCUACUACAUCCAUAUGUACCUUAAAAUGGGUUUGGACAACUCAAAUCAUUGAGUAGUAAAAAAAAAAACAGAAAAAUUACCUAAUGUAGCCAUGUAUUCAUAAACUAUGAUUUUCCUAAAAGUAUUAGUCUUCAGCAUUGACUAUUACCAGCCCUGGGUUCAGGUGGCUAUGGCUGACUUAGAUAUUUAUCGAGAGAAUUCCCUUCCAUACACAUCUCAAUGGAGGAGUGAAGCCUUGACAAGACUCUCUGUCAACUUUCUGACUGAUUGUAGGCCCUAACUGUUUCUAGGAGCUCUUCUCUUCUCUGUAACAUGAAAGCAUUGAAUUUACUUUAUAUAUUGUAGAAUUUGUCAUCCAGGCAAGUAUGUCUCUGGGUUUCUGAAUCUCCUGAUUUACCCUGCUAGGUUUUUUAUUCAAAACUGCCUUUCAAGACAAGAAGAAAGCUGGUGAUGGCACUUUGCUGAGUAGCGUAAACCAGAUGGACUUUGUGUGCUCACCAGGGCUCUGUGCUCCAGCCUGGCUCCAUGACUGCUUCCACAUGCAAUUCCAAGUGUUGAAAUUUAUCCUGAAGCUUUAAAUGAUUUGAGUCCUUGUAGCCUGACCUAUUUUCAUUGGAAAAGACCCUUUUGCUGGGAAAGAUUGAAGGCAGAAGAAGGGGGAAGCAGAGGUUGAGAUGGUUAGAUAGCAUCACUGGCUCAAUGGACAUUAAAUAGAGCAAACCCUACAGUGAGAUAGUGGAGCAGAGGAGCCUGGCAUGCUGCAGUCCAUGGGGUCACAAAGAGUCGGACACAACUUAGUGACUGAACAACAAAAUUCUGACCUAUUCAUCACCCCAAGGCAGCUCUCCCCACAAAUUCCAAAAUCUCUUUGUACACAACUUAAAAUCAAAAUGUUCCUCAAGUUGCCUUUUUGCUCUCUGGGUCCAAAUCACACAUUCACUGGUCUCCCCACAGGUACUACUUUUCUACAGUGCCUCUUUCCUGUAGAUCCUGCCUCCUACCUGAAAACCUGCCAGCAUUGCCUGGCCAUGUAUAUAUAUCCUUUCUGGAAUUUGCUUGCUUUUUUGAUACCAUCCAGUUUUGCAGUGUCUUGUUCAUCCCUUAUUUCAGGGUCACUCUCCCCAACUAGAUUGUAAGCCACGUGUGGGCACAUCCUCUUUUCCUUCUGAAGCUCAUGGUUCAGGCUAUAGUAAUCUGAGUAAUUCUUUGAUUAUGUUAGGAUGCCGAGCCCAUCUUCUAGAAUUCACCCUUCUGAAAUAUGUUGAACAAGACAUUCUAGUGCAUUGAAAUUCAUAUCUGACUGACUACUAAGUGACAAGAUUCCUAAUUAUUUGUGACUUUGGAGAAGCCACAUAAUCUUUUUGAGCUUCAUUGUCCUUGUAUACAAAAUUAAUAUAUACCUUUCUAUCUCCGAGGUUCAAAUAAGGAUCAAAAAAGAAUAAGCAAAGCAAUUCAUAUCAAUAAAACACUGAAAUAUAUACAUUUAAGUAUCAAGUUAUUGGUUUUUCUAUGCAUUUUUGACAUGAAAGUGUGGGUAGAGCAUCUUGAACUUUCUAGAUCUUCCACAAAUCUAAGGCUUUACCACUGAUUUUCUGAUUGAUAUUCUGUUAUUUUUGCCAUAACCUGCUCCCUUUUUUUCCAUGCUUCUUGUUGGUGUAACUGGAACAGUCUUUCUGAGCUGUUUCCUCUUGAGUAACGAAGUUAUCACUGUCAUGAUAUGAUCUGUAAAAGGGGGAGGAUGUCAUUGGCUUAGACGUCCUUGGCAUCAGAGAAGCUUUCUCAUUGCUCAAAACAAACACAGAGAAGUACAAAGGACAUUUCAAAAGCCUGGGCACUGAGCCUUUGGGCAACAUUUCUAUUGACAGGGCUAUUUCUGGCAUAAUUAAAAGGGAUUCAAUUAAUCAUGGAGUUAAGUAGAGAGAAAGACUUUCUGGCAGCCUUACAUCACAGGCUCCUUGAUAUUUUUAGCUUCCAGCCAUGUGAUCCCUACAAUUCAAGAGUCUUCCCACCUGCCUGCAUCUUUGGCGGCAUGGCCGGAACUGCUGGUUGCCUUGCCAUCCUUGGGGUCCUCAACUUCUCUGGGCUACUGCCACUUUUGCCAAUCAAAGAUGGAGGUAGUUUCUAACUUUCAGGCAUCUUAAGGGAUAUAUUUCAUGCCUGAUUAGAAAUAAUAUUCUCCCAGGAGUGCAGAGCCUUGGUAUUCUUGGUUUCCAAGGCAGCUAUGUCUGAUUCACCUGGCCUAUCAAACUUGGACAAUCUUUAUCUGACAGUUAGCUUUUACAAGUCUUCAGUAGUAGCUACAGGAUGAUUUCACGUUUUUCUUCCUUGAGAUACUAUGCUCUCAGGAACCUGAGGGCUUUUCUGAGAGAGUUCGCCUACUCCCAGUCUCCCAAUGGAUUAUAGAAAGAUACUGGAUCUUUAAGAAGUUCAAAAUAGCAAAGUUUCCAUACUGCUGAUGGAAGGAAAACAUCACAUUCUCAUUCAAAGUCAAGAAUAGAGCAUUUCCCCAUCUGUAUCACUCUUGCCCUCUCUCCCACUUCCCUUUUCCCUCUUCCUUCACCCCACAAAGGCAAGAGGGCCUACAACCAUCCAGUGGAUAGGGAGACAUCUUGGAAAGGAGAAUGGAUAGAAGUGUAUGCCUCUAGUCCCCUUAUUAGUUGAAGACUUGCAGCCUAUAAUUUUUUUUAACCUGAGGGAAGAACUAUCUAUAGCUAGCUUCUUCCCUAGAAACCAUAACAUCUCUCUUCCACAUUUGAAAUAAAAAACUACUAGAAUUCUCUGUGAGUCCAAACUCAAUUACAAAUGAGUUAAUCAUUUCUGUCAUGGCUACUCAUUUCAGUUCACUUUUACAUGGUACAAUCCAUGACUAAAUAGCUUGUCCACUAUUGGCUCUUUCAGAGUUCUUCAGGACUCAAGUGGCAAAAGAGUCCUGCUGCCUCUGGGGAAGAAGGCACAGGCUGUGUAAAACGCUCUCUGAAGAGCAAACCCAAGCACUUUGAUCCCGUGCCUUGUUUCUACUACUGUAACUUGAUCUUCAUUUACUAGACAAGGAGAAUCUAUUCUGUUUCUCCCAUAUUCAGUAACUUGUAGGGCAGAAAAAUAAGAUGAUCCACAGAUAAGCUGAAAAGUUUGAACAGCGGAUAGACUGACUCUUUAGCCACUUACAUUUUCACACAUAAAAAACUGUUUUGGAAAAAGUUUCUGACUAUGCAAAAAGGGAUGUGUGACCAAAGAUGUAAGUCUCACGAAUAUUUUGUGAGUUGACCAUUAGUCUGUCUCAGACCCUGCUAUUUGCUCGCAUUUAUAAGUUGCAGUCCGCUGUACAACUGGAUGGUAAGUGAAGCAUGUAGAUUUUCAUUACCUCCUGGAGAAAGGGGAGAAAACAGAGGAAGGAUGGUAAAUGUCUGUCAUAGAAACUAAGUGUUUAAAUCAAAAUGAAAACAAACAA